AUGGAGCAUUAUGCUGAAUAAUGUGAUUUAUAUGAUAAAAGAGGAGUUGGGCAAUAUUCAGUUAUUUAGAAGUAUUCUUGUGGAUCACGCUUAGAGAAUAAGAAAAAAACUAUAACUAUAAGAUUUGUGAGUAUAUGGUAAAAAAUAGUAAAUAUUAUCUUAGGACUUUGGUUUCGAUGUUAACGUCAGUGCAAAGUAAUUUAAAGCAAUCGAAGAAGUGGUAAAUUGCUAUGGAGAGUAACAUGGAGCAAAAUAUAGAUAGGAUUCCAUUAAGUCUAAGAAGCCCAGCCCAAGCUAAAGAAAGAUAAUAAUUUAUAAGAAAGUCUGUUUGA